AAAACGCGCGGCGUCGCGUUGCCGGAAACUACGUUAGAAUUUGUGACCGAGCCAGCCCCUGCGAGAUAGGCCUGGGAAACCCCUGCACUUCCUUUCUCUUCCGCUGUCGCUGACGACGAGGCGCCAUGCCGGCUAAGGGACCCCUCCAGAGCGUGCAGGUUUUCGGCAGGAAGAAAACUGCUACUGCAGUUGCACACUGCAAAAGAGGAAAUGGACUCAUUAAGGUGAAUGGAAGGCCUCUGGAAAUGAUAGAGCCCAGAACUCUGCAGUACAAACUGCUUGAACCAGUUCUCCUUUUGGGCAAGGAGCGCUUUGCAGGAGUUGACAUCAGAGUCCGUGUGAAGGGUGGUGGUCAUGUAGCACAGAUAUACGCAAUUCGGCAGUCUAUUUCCAAAGCAUUGGUGGCUUAUUACCAGAAAUAUGUUGAUGAAGCUUCCAAGAAGGAGAUAAAGGAUAUUCUUAUCCAGUAUGAUAGGACCCUUUUGGUUGCUGAUCCUCGUCGUUGUGAAUCCAAGAAGUUUGGUGGACCUGGUGCUCGUGCACGUUACCAGAAGUCUUACCGUUAAAAGAAAAUUAUGCAUUUCAUUCAGUCUUUUAAAUAAAGAUGGAGAAAAUUGAA